AAGGAAAAGUCACUGGAGUAUCUGCUUACCUGUCCCUGAGCCCCAUCCUGGCCCCUUCUCCCCCAGCACUUUCCCUUUCUCUUUCUCUAAAUGCAAGUCCUCUUGCUCCUGGCUCCUCCCCAUUGAAUAACUGCCAAAUAGCUUUGUUUUGUUUCAUAGUAAAGUCCUUCCCAGUGCAGAGAACUUCCUGGCUGGUGUGAGGAGCAGCCGGGACCACAGAGGUGGUGGAGAGAUGUCCCUCAUCUGCGACCAGCUUUCUGUUGUGAACCCAGUCGUCCCCUUCUCUAGGCACACACAAGGGGGUGACCGGUACACCCUCAAGGAUGGACAUCAGGUCACUGUCAAAGGGAUGUUUCUUCCGUCCUAUGGAACCAGGUUUGCUGUGAACUUUAAGACGGGCUCCAGUGACAAUGACAUUGCCUUCCACUUCAACCCUCGGUUUGAAGACGGUGGGUAUGUGGUCUGUAACACCAGGCAGAAAGGACAGUGGGAGAAGGAGGAUAGGAUGAUGACAAAUCCCUUCCAGAUGGGAAUUCCUUUUGAGAUCAGCUUCCUGGUGCAGAGCUCUGGAUUCCAGGUGGUGGUGAAUGGAAAGGACUUUACGAAGUACAAAUUCCGCGUGCCCCUCCACCGCAUCGACACCAUCUCCUUCACCGGUGGUGUGGAGGUGAAACAGAUCAGGAUGGAGGACACCCGAGUAGACUCUGACCAGAGGAUGAUCUCUGAGGUGCAAUCCAACCCCAGUCCCUGUGGCUCACCUGAUUCCAAAGAGCAGAAACCAAAAGCCCCAGGCUCAAAUAAAGCUCCAACUCCCCAGCUGGAUGUGCAGAAUCCUCCCCAGUCUUGCCCAGCCCACCUCCCGGCCUCCAACCUCACCCAUGAAGACCCUCAGUCAGCCUCCACUGCUCACUGAAGGCUCCUUCUGGCCACCACGGUUUUGCAUCUGCUGUCCUGGUGCCCAAAGUAUCCUUUGCCACCUCACCCAGCCAGCCCCUAACUGCCCUUCAAUGCCCUGCUUCAAUGUGACUCCUCAGGGGCAUCUUCCCUGCCUGGCAGGUUGCUGGAUGCCCCACCCCCUCCCUGACCUGAUGCACUUUUUACAGCUCUUUGCACGCCAGGCACCACGUCCAGUUGUAACUGUACUUACAUGUCUGUCUCUGUCACUCCACCUCCUCUUUCCCCAAACCAUAAGCUUGGAAUACUGACUUGUCCCUUUCUGUAUCCCCAGCACUUUGCAGGGAAUAGAACAGAGGCCAAACCAAGCUGGGAACCAGAUUUUGCCAAACACCACCGAGUCCCAGGCUGAUGCCUUCCUGGUUCCCCCUGAGAGAAGGAAACAUGGCUCACUCCCUUCAGCAGCCUUCCCCGGGGGACAUGCGUGUCCUUCACUCACUGCCAUGCCCUUGACCCUUAGCCCCACCUCAUGGGCUUUGUCAUCCAGGUGCCCAAUCAUUAUUGCCCAAAAUCUCAUGAACAUGAAGGCCCCAGAGCAAAAUUCAGAGACUGUAAACAGGCUGUGCUCAGGCCUCCAGUAAAGAGCCGGCACUAAGAUGAGAAACACACUCAGAGGCCCACAGCAAAUAUGAGCUCCUCUAUCUUUGGACCUCAUCUCUGAUAUUUUCUCCCUCUUGCCUACUCUGUCUGUCCCUGCCUGGCUGGCUUCCUC